UUUCCGGUGGGUGCCAUCCCAUCGUCUAUGCGUACCAUGCCAGCUCUGCUUCUGCGGCCAAACAAAUUGUUACCCCACGUGAGUUAGAGGGAAUUAUGACAACGUGACGUCAUUUAUCUCUAGUAGACUGUGAUAUUAACGUUUUUAUAGUAACGUCAACGUUGCGUUCACGGUACGUUGUUCUCUGUUACAAUGAGCUCCGCGCCGCUGAAGAGGUUCUACAAGGAGCUGCCGGUGUGGAUAGUGGACGACCACCACGACGUGGUGGGUCAUAUUUAUCGUGCCAUUGCAUCAAGACACCUUCCCCUGAAGGACAUAAAGAUGGUUCACUUAGACUCCCAUCCGGAUCUGCUCAUCCCCGUCAACAUGUCCGCUGACACAGUCUUUGAUAAGGAGAAACUAUUGAGUGAGUUGAGUAUAGAAAACUGGAUAAUGCCCAUGGUCUACGCUGGCCACGUGUCAUGUGUGGCGUGGCUGCAUCCGUACUGGGCCCAGCAGAUCAGAGAGGGAGAACACCGGAUGGCUGUGGGAAGAGACUCGUCCACCACCACCAUCAGGGUGACCAGUACAGACAACUACUUCCUCAGUGACGGUCUGUAUGUGUCGGAGACGCAGCUGGAGAACUCGAAACCUCUCUGGCUCAAUGUGGUCAAAGUCAAUCCUGUUAAGCCCAGUCCCGGGUCACUUCCAGAAAAGAAAAGUGAAGAAGAAACGGCAAGAUGGUUUGCCAAGAGACCCCGUACAGACUGCAGUAAAGCUGGGGAGGCCAGCUGCUCUGAGGCCCCCUUAAAACGCACCGACACACUGCAACCAGCAGAGGGCCCCACUGGGACGAGUUUGGGUGAUGACGAUGAUGAUGAUGAAGGAUCCACCAGUUAUGUUGUUAAGAGAAUACGUGCAUUUCUAAGUGAGACCGAGCCAUACAUCUUGGACAUAGAUUUGGAUUUCUUUUCAUGUAAGAAUCCCUUCAAGGAAUUAUACACACAGGAAGAGUACGCCAUCCUUAAGGAGCUCUACAACUUCAGAGGACCCAGGCCCGAUGCUGCGGAGGAGGAGCUUGAUGAGUGUGUGGAUUUCCGUGUUCACCAGUUAGAAGACCUGGAAGCAGCGUUCGCUGAUCUGCUAGAGGACGAUGGGGAAGAGACGGUUACACGCUGGGCCAGCAACCCUGGCAUGGCUUCAUUAGCCCAGCUGGUUUCCAGUUUGAAGUCGAGGAAUCUGUGCCCGGACUAUGAAAUGGUCCACCAGGCAGGGUUAACCUGUGACACCGUGGAGCUGCCUCACCACAUCAGCACUGAUGAGGAGAUCGACAGACUCGUCUCGGCGGUGCAGCUGUGUCUGAAGGCUCUGCCCAAACCUACACUGGUAACCAUGUCCAGGUCCAGUCUGGAUGAAUACUGCCCAGUAGAGCAGGUGGAUUCGGUCCAGAGCAGAGUACUGGCGGUUCUGGAGAGCCUGUAUGGAGCGCUGGACUUACACAAAGACUACGAAAACAGCAGCACAGAGACUCAGGACUGUCAACCACAGGCCUCCUAACACACACACACACACACACACACGUACGUCACUUUUGGAUUGGAUGUACCGUUUGAUAAAGACAACCACA